AUGUUUGUCAAGCUCUUACUCCUCAGUCACUGCCUUGUGCUAUGCGCCUCACUCGCUACGCGUAGUUUGGGCGACAUGUACCAAAUCGAAAUGCUCUUCACUUUCAAUGGCUUCUGUGACCCGUCAGGUCGCGCGCCCGCUGCUCGUGUGCUCCUCAAUAUCUAUGAUCAGCCCGUCGACAAGCAUUGGUACUGGCACGCAGAAGUCACCGUGUGUCGUCUAUCGCUCUCAGUGCCAACGUGUAUCUCUGAAAAGCCAGAGCCAGCGCCAGGUUUUGUGGAGCCUGCCGAGGCGAUCGCCUGGGAGUCCGAAUGCGAUUGCCGAAACGAGGAAUUCUGGCUCGCAACAUGUCAGACUGGUAAGCUCGCUCGCGAAACACCUCGGGGCAAAUUCAAAUGUGCAUUUCAAGCUCAAGACUUAGGAUGGAGGUUCCUAGAAGCACCCAAUGCACCUCAGCGAUCGAUUUCGUAA